UUGAUGAAUGGUAUCGUCAAUGAUGAAAAUCUCCAUUGCCCAUUAACGAGUAUGGUGGCUUUGAUUGAUGGUGGGGGUGAGAAGAAGCCCAAAUUUGUUAAGAAAUUUUGUGAUAUGAUGUUUGUAGUUUAUGUGAAUAAUGAAAUGUUUGAAGAGGCUAUAGGGGUUUUUGAAUAUGCUUAUGAGAAUGGGUUGGAGAUUGAGGAAAGGUCUUGCUUUGCUCUUUUGGUUGCUUUAAAGAAAUCUCAUAAGGUGGAGUUGUGUUUAGCCUUCUUUGAUCGGAUGGUUAAGAAAGGAGUUGAAAUUACAGUUCAUUCUUUGACUACUGUGAUUAAUGGGUUGUGUAAGAAAGGUGAGUUUCAAAGGGCAAAGGCUUUAAUGGAUGAGUUGGGUAUUAGAGGGGUUAAGGCUAAUGUUUUCACUUACAAUGGUUUUAUAGAUGCAUAUAUUGAAAGAAAGGACUUUGAGGGUGUUAAGGAGAUAUUGAGCUUGAUGGAAAGGGAGAAUGUGAAUUAUAAUGCUGUGACUUAUACACUUUUGGUAGAGUGGUAUGGUAGCUGUGGGAAGAUUGAAAAAGCAGGGCAACUGUUUGAUGAAAUGCUUGAGAGAGGGAUAGAGCUAGAUAUUUAUGUUUACACUGCACUAAUCAAAUGGAGUUGUAGACUAGGAAAUUUGAAAAGGGCAUUCUCAUUGUUUGAUGCAUUAACUAUGAGAGGCCUUAAACCGAACACUCACACUUAUGGAGCUCUAAUUACUGGUGUGUGUAACGCAGGGCAGAUUGAGGCAGCAGAGAUUUUGCUAAGUGAGAUGCAAAAUGUUGUUUUUUAACGAUUUUAAAACAUCGAUUCAGUUUGUUAAUUACUUUUAAUAACUUAUUUUUUUUUAAAAAAAAAUAAUAAAUAAAUAAAUUCAUAUAAAAAAACCAUUCAGUUUGUUAACGUCAAAGACGAUUUUUUAUGAAGUUGUUAAUCUAUUAUUCAUAUAAUCGUAAAAGAAUAAAAAAAACCAAUAGACUCUUCCCUUCCAUUCCCACUCCCAAUCUCAAUAUUUUCGUAUCUUAUUCACACUCAAAGGUGAGCAUUAUGAUGAAGAAGUCUCCGAGGUCACUCAAAUUUGUUCCCUCGGAGUGGCCGGAAACUGAACCAGAGGACCAGACGCUGCUAGCUGAAGCCAAAAUACCCAAAUCUCCUCCAUUACUGAUGGUUGAAACCACAACCUCGCCUGUGAAUCCGGCGACGAUUCGACAACUUUCCAUACAUAUCCCAGAAAAUCAACAAAGAACGAAGCGAUCGCAUCAGUGCCGAAUGCUUGUGGCCAAAACGAUUGAUUGAAUGAAGCCAAAAUAGAACGAAGGAACUCCAAGACCACUGCUUUAGGACGGAGAUCGGCAGAAUCUUGGCCUUUUGAAAGGAACCGAGCCACAACAAGGACGACAUUGAGCUGAGGGCGCAAAACCCUAGGAGAUCCAGCGACGAGAGCCUCGGACACUCAGACACUCACCUCACUGGCUCACUCAUUCUUCAGCCGAUACUCGAAAGAAAUUGCGAUGAUUUGGGCAAAGGUUAGAUUUUCUUAAUGUGGAUUUCCAAUUUGUUCUUGCAUAUUAUGGAAGAUUUUGUUAUGUGGAUCAAAUAUAGCUUUAGUAAAUUAGAGAAACUCUUGCUUGUCAAUUUUUUUUCCUAGAAAUUUGCAUACAGAAUUUGAAAGUAUUGUGGUAUGUAGGUUGGUACAUGUAGGAAAACUUGAUGAAGAGGCUUGUGUUUGAGUGAUAGCACUGGCUUUCUGCAAAAGUUGAGAAACACUAAAAGUAACUUUCACUCUAUGAUUUGGGAUUAACGUUUAGCUUUUGUGUAUAGUUGAUAAAUGUGGAAUCAAGGUGGAUUGAUCUUUCUUUUAUGAGUGAAUGUUGUCCUUGGUACUUUUUUUUAAAAUCCUUUUAGUCAAGUGGGGACAUCCGCUUAAAUGAAAUUUGAAUGAGCUCUUUUGCAUAAUGGUUAUUUUGAUGUUUGUUAAAAUGAACACGUGAAAUUAAUAAGUUUGUACAGUUCCCAUGUAUCAGUUUUUAUAUAUUAAUUAUUUUGUUUGUAGAGGUGCUUUUGUUAAUUAUUGGAUCAAUGGAAAUAUGUUGACUAUGGAUAUGGCUACUCAAAUAUAUGUUAUUCUAAAGCAAUCGGAUCUUAAGUACCUUACUCAGGAUGACUUUAAGCCUGUGCUACGUGAACUGUUGGCAACUCAUCCAGGGUUAGAGUUUCUACAAAGCACACCUGAGUUUCAGGAAAGAUAUGGUUUGUUCUCCAUGAUUAAAUGUUUACCGUUUCCCAUGAUUCAUUAUUUAUUACUUUUGGAAAAGUUUUGAUGUAUAACAUUAAUUGAUUUAGGUUUCUUAUGAAUUUGUAUUUUAUUUGCACGUAUAAACUUCACUAUUGCUAAACCUGACUAAUCUUUUUUUUAAAUAUUUUAACAAGAAGUUUGUGGUAGUUUGCAAUGACGUCGAACUUGAAGUUGGGAAUUGCAUUCGUAUCUACUCCCCAUGGUACAGUAGUAAAAUUCAACAUCUUUGUUGUCUAUUAGUUUAUUUUCUGAGAAGUUUGAAUCUUUCUAUUGACCUGAUAUGUCUUGCUCCAUGGCUGAUAGUGUUCUUAAUGUAUGCAUUUAAAGUAGUUAUGGUUUGAUUAUUUACUUAGUUGUAUUUUAUUAAUUCCAAUAAAAAUGGGUCAUAUCAAUUUUGAUGUUGAAACUUUUGGACAGGAAGGAGGUCCAAGCGGGCAAUGACAAAAACAUUAUUUUAGCUAAUUAUUUUUUUACCA